UAUGGUUUAAGACGGACGGUAUUACCUGGAACCGACGCCAGAUCUUGGGAUCGAUAGUAUAUCUGGAGACAAGCCAAGGUUGACUUGCACAGUCAUUGCGCUGUAUCAAACCCCAACUCGGUUGCGAUCACGGAAGUUCAACCUUGCCUCGCCAGUCACGAUGAUUUUAUUCGACUCGAGACGCAGGAAAUGGUUUGAUCAUGCCGGGACCAGUAAAAGACCCCUUUACCGUGCAUAUCAAGUUGCGGCGGCAGGCGCCCCCUUGACUGCCAAGGGGAGCAUCCUCUCCGCCGUUCGAGCGGGCAACGCCUUCCUAACUCGUUAGUGAAAAGUUUUCCCAACUGAUCUCCAGCACCGGACUUCAACUUUGAGUUCCAUAAACCAUCAAGCCAAGAUGGACAACCCCCCCGGCCAAGCAGCCACCCCCAUGGCGAAUCCCGCCCAACAACCCCCCGGCCAAGCAGCCGCCGCCAUGGCGGAUCUCGCCCAACAAGCAACCACCUUGGCUACGGCCAUGCGAUUUGUCCACGGCAUCGUCCAGCAGAUGGAGGCCGAUGGGGAAACCCCCGAGUUGGGUUUUGCCAACAGACUGGAGAAAAAGUUCAGUCUCCUCCAUGACGAGUGGGCCCAACUCAUUGCCAACGUGCAGUCCAUCCGCACCCUAGAGGCUGAACUCCAGGCGUUUCGCGAAGAGUUAGCUACGGAAAAGGAGGCAUCGCUCAAGCGGCGGGCUGCGGUGGACGCCCAAGUCCUCGCGCUGGAUUCCCGACAAGACGGCAUCAAUGCCAAGGAGACGGACCUUGACGCCCGACGUGCCAGCGCCGUGGCCAAGGAUGCCGAUCUCGACCGGUUGAGCGUCAGCCUCGAUGGCAGGGCAGCGGCCCUCGAAACACUUGAUGCUCUAAUCCAAGAGCGGAUGAUUGCCCUCCAGGGCCAAGAAACUGCCACAAGCGCAAAAGCUCUUGCCAUGGACGUCCGUGAUAACGCGGCCAGGGACAGGGAAGCGAGCCUGGCAUCCCAGGAAGCGGAGAUCCACACGAGAGUCGUCGGCCUUCACACCCGGGAGGCCCUCGUAGCGAGCACACUGGCUGACUUGGAAAACAGGAAAGCCGCAUUCGACAAGGCGACGUCCGACCUCAAUUCCCGAGAAAACCACCUCACGAGCAGACUGGCCGAUCUCGAGGCCCUAGAAACACGGCUGGCCGACAAGGCCGCGGACCUCGUGUCCCGUGAGGCCCAGCUAGUGGAAAAGAUCGCGGGCCUCGAGUCUCGGACGACCCAGUUGAUGGACAAAACCACGGAUAUCGAGUCCCGGGAGGCCCAAGUGAUAGAUAGGGCGGCCGCCCUCGACAUCCGAGAAACCUAGCUCAUAGGCAAGGUGGCCGGCAUCGGGGCCCGAGUAGCACAGCUCAGAGACAAGACAACGGAUAUCGAGUCCCGGGAGACCCGGGUGGCGAACAAAGCCGCGGACAUCGGGGCCCGGGAGACCCAACUAGCAAGUAGGGAGGCCGAUCUCGGCAGCAGAGAAGCCACGUUGGUUGGC